AUGGUACAGUUAACGAGAAUGCAGCAAGAAGGGUCAGCGGCACAACAAUUAUUUAAUGUUAGUGAAUUAGAACGUCAAGCAAAUCGUGAAAGAUUUGGUGAUUUAUUAGAUGGUGCAUAUUUUUUAUUUAAGCAUGAACUUCCACAUACAACAUUAUAUGCACCAUUACUGGAAUUAGUAUCAAAAAUCGAUCAUAAUGAGCCAACAGAAUCAUAUAUUAGUUUAUUAAAAAUAAAAGAUAAAGAUGCACCAACAAUAUUUGAUACAAUUGUUAAAGAAUUAAGAUUUAAAAAUAUUGACAUGACCAAAAUUCGUUUUGCUGGCUUCGAUGGUGCAUUAGUUUUUAGUGGAGAAUGUAAUGGUGUAUCAGCAAAAUUUCGUCAGAUAUUAUUUAUUCAUUGUCGCGCUCAUAUAUUAUAG